GAGCGGGGGGCUCUUGUCUGCAAAGCCAAGCCGGAGGCGAGAAGAGCGAGGCGGGCACCGAACUGCCCCCGGUGCAAGAGCAGUUGCCCACGGUGCGGGGACCAGGCGCGGCCCCGCUCCGAUCCGGAUUCCCCGGCAGCGCAACUUUUCUCCGAAGCCGCCCCCCCGAGCUCGGCUCUGUUGCUUUCUGCCUGCGGCUCCCCCCCAUGCGCCGGGUGCAACUUUCCCCGCCGAGCCUUUGAAGGGCACAACCAACUCGAUCUCUUUAGUAACCCGGCCCCGUCCCAGCUCCCGCCGGAGGCGAGCGAGCGGCUCCCCGCUUUGCAGGCGGGCUGCGCCGGGGAGACCCCGGGCCCCUCGGGCGGGCGCAGCCGAGCCCCCGCCGGGCAGGGCCAGCCCCGCGCCGCCGGUGCAUGGACUGAGAUGGCCUCGGAGCUGGCCAUGAGCGGCGAGCUGCCCACCAGCCCGCUGGCCAUCGAGUACGUCAACGACUUCGACCUGAUGAAGUUCGAGGUGAAGAAGGAGCCGCCCGAGGCCGAGCGCUUCUGCCACCGCCUGCCCGCGGGCUCGCUCUCCUCCACCCCGCUCAGCACCCCCUGCUCCUCGGUGCCUUCCUCGCCCAGCUUCUGCGCGCCCAGCCCCGGCGGGCAGCCGGGCCCCGGAGCCGCCCCGCACCCGGGCAGCGCCGGCAAGGCGCCGCUGGAGGAUCUCUACUGGAUGUCGGGCUACCAGCACCCGCUCAACCCGGAGGCGCUGAACCUCACCCCGGAGGACGCGGUGGAGGCGCUGAUCGGCAACCCGCACCCGCUGCACGGCUACGAGGGCUUCCGCGGCCAGGGCUUCCCCGGCGAGGAGGCGGCCCCGGCCGGGCACCACCACCACCACCACCCGCACCACCACCACCACCACGCGGCGCACCCGCACCACCCGCACGCGGCGCACCCGCACCACCACCUGCGGCUGGAGGAGCGCUUCUCGGACGAGCAGCUGGUCAGCAUGUCGGUGCGGGAGCUGAACCGCCAGCUGCGGGGCUUCAGCAAGGAGGAGGUGAUCCGCCUCAAGCAGAAGCGGCGCACGCUGAAGAACCGGGGCUACGCCCAGUCCUGCCGCUACAAGCGGGUCCAGCAGCGGCACAUCCUGGAGAACGAGAAGUGCCAGCUGCAGGGCCAGGUGGAGCAGCUCAAGCAGGAGGUGUCCCGGCUGGCCAAGGAGCGGGACCUGUACAAAGAGAAGUACGAGAAGCUGGCCGGCCGCGGCUUCCCCCGGGAGCCGCCCCCCCAGGCCGCCCCCAAAGCCUCGGCCGAGUUCUUCAUGUGAACGGGGAACGGGGGGGUCCUCGCCCUCCCCAGCUCCCCCCGGGACUCGCCCGCCGUGUACAUAGAGGGGCUGGCGGCUGUACAUAGACUCGUGUUUGUGUGUGUGUCUCCGGGCUGCCCACAAACUCCCCAAGCAGGCGCGCACCCCGUGCAGGGCCAGGUCCCCCCCGCUUGCGUCUCCUUCCCUCUCCGCCGGGGCUGCCCACCAACGCCUCCGUGCCAGCCGGAGCCCCGGGGUCCUGCCCCUUGCAAGAGCCCCGCGACUUCCCCCAGCGCAUCCUCCGGCAGUUGUGCGUCUCUAGGCAAAGAGCGAGCCCGAGCUGGGACUUGAACCCCAGCAAGGUGCGAGCCGCCUCCAAACACCGUCACACGCUCACUCCUGAGUCUUAAAACAUUGUGAUCCCGAAAACUUUAAAAAAAAAAAAAAACAACCCCCCCCACCAGACAAAGCUUUGGCUGGUGGGAAAGACAAACUGAACUUUCAAAGACUUGAAGCAAUAGGGGAAAAAAUGAGCAAACCUCUGAAUUUUUUUUUUUCUCCUGGAAAACUGGGUAACCAACCAAAAUCGUUUGGGGAGAAAAAGUGCAUCAUAAUGAAAUCCUCCUAUAUCCUCUUCUUAAUAAUCGUACUCCUUCAUAAAGCAGCAUCCAAGGAACUCUGCAACUUAGCUGUGGUUCUUAGAAGACUUUUUAAGCAAUCCUGCAUGCAGGACAUGUAUGGUAUUUCAAUAAUCUCCCCUUCUUUUCUACUAGAACAGAUGAAGAAAACGCAUGAUCCAGUUUUUUUUUUCUUGGUAAUAUUUUUGUUUGUUUUUUUCCCAACGGUCAGUUUUUAGUUUGCAGCACUCUUUUUGGGUGCAUCUUAAAUAACAAAUAGUCUUAACAUGUUUGCAAAGUGAUGUUUUCUCUCUCAGUGGAACAGUGCAGCAAAACACUCACAAAAGGGACUGGAAUAUAUAUCUUGGGACUUCAGACUCCAAAAAAGAGUUGAGUUUACCUGCUUUUUAUCUCCUUCCUUUUCUUACUAAUAAUUCUUGUUGUUGUUUUAAAAAGGAAACCUGAGCCAGACGUAACUUAUUUAAAGGUGUCCACUUGUACAUAUGUAGAAUUUAGUUAGUUUUUUGCCCCCUUUUUUUUUUCUGAGCCUAUAUUUUGCUUGGUGAUUUAAGAAAAAAAAAGCUUAAAAAAAAUCACAAGUCUUAAUGAAAGUUUGUAUGUAAUAGCAUGCAAAUAAUAUAAGAAUUAAUUAAUUUAAUUAUGUUGAAAAAGCCGAAUGCACUAUAUACAGGAAUCAAUUGGAUUAAAUAAUGCUGUUUUAUAGAGAUUUAAAAUUAUCUAUGCUGUUAAAAAUAUUGGAAAAAAGUUAACAUUCUAAGAUGACCUGAAAGGCAAUAUAGUAAUAUAUGGACUGCAAUCAGUUGGCUGCUAUAUCACUAUGCACCAGAUUUAUUUAUUAACCCCUGGGAAACAAUAUUAUUUUAACCUUGAUGAUUUUAAAAAAGAAAAGAAAAUGCACAUGGCUUUUCUUUUUUUGCAAGAAAUAAUCUUGCAAUUACGCUUUGUGUGAAAGUAAAAAAAAAAAAUGCAUAGCAGUUAGGGUUUUUAACAAGUUACUUAUUUUAAAAAAGGAACUCUUAGGGAAAACUGUAAAAGUCUUAAAAACAAACAAACCACGUGUGAACUUUGGCAACUGGUGCAUUUUAGGUGCUGCUUGUGCAAAGCAUUUUAAAUAACCAGUUUGUUUCAAUUUCUGAUGGUUUUAACUGUGUUGCAUCAAGAUAGAACUUGUAUUCAUCUAGAGCUUCAGUUAAGUCUUUUUAUAUAAACUGCUGUUGAGCCUUGUGGGCUAUUGCAACCUCAAAAACACCUAUAUCUUUUUUUUGUUUGUUCUUUGAAUUGUUUCCUUUGUGUUCAGGCAUCAAUGCAAAAAUUCAUUUUAGCUUUCAUUUGCUACGGACGAACGAAAAAUAAAUCUCUUU